CUCCCAAAGUGCUGGGAUUACAGUUAUGAGCAGUUGGGCCCUGCCUGCUAAGUGUGUUUUAAACAUAUGCAAAGGUUGGGUGCGGUGGCUCACUCCUGUAAUCCCAGCACUUUAGGAGACUGAGACGGAUGGAUCAUGAGGUCAGGAGUUCGAGACCAGCCUGACCAACAUGGUGAAACCCCGUCUCUACUAAAAAUACAACAAUUAGCCAGGCGUGGUGGCAGAUGCCUGUAAUCGCAACUACUUAAGAGGUUGAGGGAGGAGAAUAGCUUAAACACAGGAAGCGGAGGUUGCAGUGAGCGGAGAUCAUGCCAUUGCACUCCAGCCUGGGUGACAGAGUGAGACCUCAUCUCAAUAAAUAAAUAAAUAAACAUGCAGAAUAGUGUUUUUUAAUUUCAUUUCCGAAUGACUUUAUAAUUUUGUUGGCUUUUUGGUUGUACAGGAUGUAAAAAUCUGUAACUUUAGGCAAUACUUUAACAUAUUCCUGAUGCCUCUGGCCUAGGGCAUAACUGAAAAGCUGCAUUAAACAGUAGUUGAAGUCUUUUCCUUUUUGCUACAUAUUAGCUUCUUGCUGACAUUAAAACUCCUGUGUCCGCAUCUCAUGACAUUUUCUUCAAGUGAGAUUCCAUGGACUUGGUUUUUUUGUUUUUUUGGUACUUAGAAAAUUGUUUCCUUUUAUAAUCUCUGUCUCCAUAUAUAGGCCCUGAAAGUGAGAAUUUGGCAUGCUCUAAGAACUCUUUUAGGCCAGUGUGGCCAUAAUAUAAUAGCAGUAGGAGUAUAAGUGGGAGGUAGGAAGAAGUUGGCAGAGGUUACCUUAUGAAGGAAUUUGAUUCUAAGACUGGUGAGAAGUCAUUGAAGGAUCUUAAGCUAGGGGUUCAAUUUCUACUUUAUUUUUAUUCUUUUUUCUUUUUGUUUUUUUUGUACAACAAAACAAUUUAUACUUUAAAAAUAUCAUUUUGGAUUUUUUCUGGAGUAUAUUAGAGUGCAGGAGUAGAACUUACAAGACCAACUGCAGGCUGCCGUUGUAGUGGACUGAGAAGGGCCAGAAGUCAUGAUAUCUUGUGUAGGGCAGGAACAGUACAAAUGGAGAAAUCAGUUGGCCUUGAGAUGUAUUUCAUAGGUAGAGUGAAUAGGUCAUUAGAAUCUGCUAUGGUGAAUUGGAAGCCAGAGCAAGAACCCAGGUUAAAGGGAAAGGUAAAAUUAGGAUGACAGAUUUCUGGCUUGAGCAACUGGGUGGUGCCAUGAUUUAGGAAAAACUAGGGGAGGAUAGGUUUGUGAUGGUGAAAUCAAGAGUUCUCUUUUAGGUACAUAUAUCCAAGUAUCUAGUCCAACAUCUGGCCUAGAGAAGAUAAUCAGCUCUUUCAUCCAUCACCAGAUCUAGCUGCACACAAUUUCACAAUGAUGUAAUUAUUUCAGUCUUUAGAAAUGAAUUCAGUAAGGUCACUUAGGUCAAAAAGUUAACAUGAAGUUUGGUAGAUAGCCAGUAGACCAGUUUGUUUGGUAUAGUAUUUGGGGUGACAGCGUUGGUCCAUAUCAUAAAGUGGGGAUAGACCCUCGGGGCACUAGGAUUCAUUCCCUCCCUCUCUCCCUCCCUUCCUCCCUCUUUUCCUUCCUCCCUCCCUUCCUUCCUCCCUUCCUCCCUUCCUUCUGAUGGAGACUGUUGCCUGGGCGCGAUCUCGGUUCACUGCAACCUCCGCCUCCCAGGUUUAAACGAUUCUCCUGCCUCAGCCUCCUGAAGAGCUGGGAUUACAGGCACCCGCCACCACGCCUGGCUGAUUUGUAUUUUUAGUAAAGACAGAGUUUCACCAUGUUGGUCAGGCUGGUCUUGAACUCCUGACUUCAAGCAAUCAACCUGCCUUGGCCUCCCAAAGUGCUGGGACAGGUGUGGCUGGAUUUCAUUUUAAAAUGUGAAAGACAUUUAGAUGUUCAUUUAUAAUUGUUUCUCUUCUAGGCUCUGUACAAAAUGGGCUAAAUAGCUAAGGCGAGUGCAUUCCAGGUUAUCUGUCCUAAAUAAUCAUACAGAAAGGAAAUCAUAGACUUUGCAAGUAUAUAUUAAUAAUUAACUCCCAGUUGACUUGCUAAUGAAAAGAGAAAGUUUGCAUGAAUUUAAAACUCUAGACCAGCACUGUUUAACAGAACUCUUUAAUAAUAGAAAUGUUCUAUACCUGAGAUGUUCAGCAUGGUUACUGGUAGCCACAUAUAUCUAUUGAACACUUGAAAUGUGGCUGAUGUCACUGAGGAACUGAUUCUUUUUUUUUUUUGAGACAGAGUCUCACUCGGUCAUCCAGGCUGGAAUGCACUGGCGCAGUCUUGGCUCACCGCAGCCUCCGCCUCCCAGGUCCAAACAAUUCUUCUGCCUCAGCUUCCCAAGUAGCUGGAAAUACAGAUGGAUGCCACCAUACCUGGCUAAUUUUUGUAGUUUUAGUAGAGACGGGGUUUUCAGCCAGGCUGGUCUCGAACUCCUGGUCUCAAGUGAUCUGCCCGCCUUGGCCUCUCAAAGUGCUGGGAUUACAGGUGUGAGCCACUAUACCCAGACUGAAUAUUUAAUUCUAUUAAAAUAAAAUUUUUUUUUUUUUUGAGAUGAGGUUUCUUGUCACCCAGGCUAGAGUGCAGUGGUGCGAUCUCUACUCACUGCAACCGCCGCAUCCCGGGCUCAGUUGAUCCUCCCACCUCAGCCUCCCACGUAGCUGGGACCACAAACUAAUUUUUGCAUUUUUAGUAGAGAUGGGGUUUCACCAUUGUUGCCGACACUGGUCUUGAACUCGUGGGCUCAAGCAUCCUGCCUGCCUUGGCUUCCCAGAGUGUUGGGAUUACAGGAGUGAGCCCUGUGCCCAGUAAUUAAUUUUAUUAAUUUAAAUUUAAGUAGUCAUGUGUUGCUUAUUACUACUGUAUUGGACAGUGUCUAGGCAAUCAACUUGUUAGCCACUUUUCUGCAUGUAACUACUGUAUUGGACAGUGUCUAGGCAAUCAACUUGUUAGCCACUUUUCUGCAUUUGUGCUUUUCCUGUCCCUAAACAAGCUAUCAUGAUUUCUGGCCCAUCUCAGUCAACUGCAAUGACCGCCUAGCUGGCCUUCUAAAUUCUACUCCUGAACUAUAGUCUACUCAACAAAAAUUGAAAGUGAUCUUUAAAAAAUAUUAGCUUGAGUCAGAUCAACUUGCUUAUGGAAUAUAUUUGUUCUUUUUUUGAGACUGGGUCUUGCUCUGUCACCCCCAAGCUGGAGUGCAGUGGCACGAUCACAGCUGACUGUACCCUCAACCCCCUGAGCUCAAGCAAGCGAUCCUCUUACCUCAUCUUCCUGACUAGCUGUGACUACGAGCACACACCACCAUGCCUGACUAAUUUUGUGUUUGUUGUAGGACAGGGUUUUGCCAUGUUGCCAAACUGGACUUGAACUUCUGGGCUUUAAGCGAUCCUCCUGCUUCAGCCUCUCAAAGUGCUGGGAUUACAGAUGAUUGUUAAAUACCUGUGAAGUAUGUGUGGCCCGGUCCUAUUUCCUCACCUGUUUACAGUGAAUCAGACAUCCCAAUAGAUGUGGAGACUGUCACGUCAACCCCUGUGCCACUCUAUGACAAUCAGAAGGCACGCAGCGUGAUGAAUGAGUGUGAACGGCAUGUCAUCUUCGCCAGGACUGAUGCAGAUGCCCCUCCCCCACCAGAGGACUGGGAGGAGCAUGUCAACAGGACUGGCUGGACAAUGGCCCAGAACAAGCUAUUCAACAAGAUCCUCAAAGCCCUGCAGUCUGACCGGCUUGCCCGCUUGGCCAAUGAAGGGGCUUGUAAUGAGCCAGUGCUGCGCCGUGUUGCUGUGGACAAGUGUGCGAGGAGAGUGCGGCAGGCUCUGGCAAGUGUGAGCUGGGACACCAAGCUGAUCCAGUGGCUGCACACCACCCUUGUGGAGACCUUGAGUCUGCCCAUGCUGGCAGCCUACCUGGAUGCUUUGCAGACGCUGAAGGGGAAGAUCCCAACCUUGAUUGACCGGAUGCUUGUGUCAUCCAACACGAAGACUGGGGCUGCAGGAGCUGAGGCCUUGUCUCUCCUACUGAAGAGGCCCUGGGACCCUGCUGUGGGGGUGCUUUCUCAUAACAAACCAAGCAAACUCCCUGGCUCCCCGCUGAUUCUCAUCGCUUCUUCUGGUCCCUCCAGCUCUGUGUUUCCCACUUCGCGCCGCCACCGAUUCUGGCAAUCUCAGCUCUCCUGCUUAGGCAAGGUCAUCCCUGUAGCCACCCAUCUGCUGAACAAUGGCAGUGGGGUAGGAGUUCUGCAGUGUCUCGAGCAUAUGAUUGGGGCAGUGAGAAGCAAAGUGCUGGAGAUUCACAGCCAUUUCCCACACAAACCCAUUAUCUUGAUUGGCUGGAACACAGGAGCUUUGGUGGCUUGUCAUGUGUCAGUGAUGGAGUAUGUCACUGCAGUUGUCUGCCUUGGCUUUCCUCUAUUUACCGUGGAUGGCCCCAGAGGGGAUGUAGAUGAUCCCCUCUUGGAUAUGAAGACUCCAGUCCUCUUUGUCAUUGGUCAGAAUUCCCUUCAGUGUCACCCUGAAGCCAUGGAGGACUUUCGGGAGAAGAUUCGAGCUGAGAACAGCUUGGUGGUGGUUGGGGGAGCUGAUGAUAAUCUCAGAAUAAGCAAAGCAAAGAAGAAAUCAGAAGGAUUGACUCAGAGCAUGGUGGACAGAUGUAUUCAGGAUGAGAUUGUGGACUUUCUGACUGGAGUGCUCACUCGUGCUGAGGGUCACAUGGGCUCUGAACCUCGGGAUCAGGAUGCGGAGAAGAAGAAGAAGCCCCGUGACGUGGCCCGCAGAGACUUGGCCUUUGAAGUCCCUGAGCGGGGCAGUCGACCUGCCUCUCCAGCCACCAAACUGCCCGCCUCGCCCUCAGGCUCAGAGGAUCUCUCCAGUGUGUCCAGCAGCCCCACCUCCAGUCCCAAGACCAAAGUGACCACAGUGACCUCUGCCCAGAAGUCCAGUCAGAUUGGAAGCUCUCAGCUGCUGAAGAGACAUGUGCAGCGGACAGAAGCUAUGCUGACCCACAAACAAGCUCAAGCACAGUUUGCUGCUUUUCUGAAACAAAAUAUGCUGGUGAGGAAAGCUCUUCCUCCUGGCACCUCCUCCUGUCUCUUUGUUCCCAUUUCAUCAGAACCAGCGGAGGAAGGAGAAAAAGAGGAUCUUAGGGUCCAUCUGAAGCGACACCAUCCUUCGAGUCCUCUUCCUGGCAGUAAGACCUCCAAGCGACCGAAGAUUAAGGUGUCCCUUAUCUCCCAAGGAGACACAGCUGGAGGGCCUUGUGCUCCUUCCCAGGGAAGUGCUCCAGAAGGUGGGAAGCCCAUCACCAUGACUCUGGGGCAGGCUUCAGCAGGGGCCAAGGAGCUCACAGGACUUCUCACCACAGCCAAGUCCAGUGCUUCUGAAGGUGGAGUCUCAGCCAGCCCAGCCCCUUCAGUGGUCUCCAGCAGCACUGCACCCAGUGCCUUGCACACACUGCAGAGCCGCUUAGUGGCCACCUCUCCUGGCAGCUCCCUCCCAGGGGCCACAUCAGCCAGCAGCCUUCUCCAAGGCCUCAGCUUCAGCUUGCAGGAUAUCAGCAGCAAGACCUCUGGCCUUCCAGCAAAUCCCUCCCCAGGACCAGCCCCACAGGCCACCAGUGUGAAGUUGCCCACCCCCAUGCAGAGCCUGGGUGCCAUCACCACGGGCACCAGCACCAUUGUCCGUACCAUUCCUGUGGCCACCACUCUCUCCUCCUUGGGUGCCACUCCUGGUGGGAAGCCCACAGCCAUCCACCAGCUGCUGACCAAUGGGGGCCUCGCUAAGUUGGCAAGCAGCCUCCCUGGCCUGGCUCAGAUCUCUAACCAAGCAUCAGGCUUGAAGGUCCCCACCACCAUCACUCUGACACUUCGUGGCCAGCCAAGCAGGAUCACCACGCUGAGCCCCAUGGGCUCAGGAGCAGCUCCAUCUGAGGAGCCUCCUUCCCAGGUGCUGCCCUCCAGCUCACAGGGAAAAUACUGCAGAGAGAUCAGCAUGUGACAUUCAUUGGGGUUGUAGCUACCUUUUUUUGCAGAGGGAUGUAAAUGUUUUUAUUUUAUUUCUUUUUUAAUUAUAAAAUGAUAAUGCUUAUUUUAAAUAAUUCAAACAUUAUAGAAAUAAUUAAUUUAGAAAGGGAAAAUUUCCCAUGAUGCUAUUCCCAGAGAUGAUGUUCACUAUUAAUAGCUUGAUAUGGAUCCAUUCAGAUUUUUUUUUCCCUACACAAAGUAUGUUAUUUUAUUUAUUUUGUACAAAUAUAGGAUCACAGAGUAUGGAUUACUAUGUAACUUGCCUUUUUUUAUAAAUCAUGUCGUGACACAUUUCCCUGUCUGUGUCUUUUCAGAGGCUGGCUAGUAUUUCUUUUUCUUUUCUUUCUUUCUUUUUUUGAGACUGAGUCUUGGUCUUGUCACCCAGGCUGGAGUACAGUGGCAGGAUCUCAGCUCACUGCAACCUCUGCCUCCCAGGUUCAAGCAAUUCUCCUGCCUGAGCCUCCUUAGUAGCUGGGAUUACAGGUGCACACUAACACACCCAGCUAAAUUUUUUGUAUUUUUAGUGGAAAUGGGGUUUUACCAUGUUGGCCAGGCUGGUCUCAAACGCCUGAGCUCAUGAUCUGCCCACCUCAGCCUCCCAAAGUGCUGGGAUUACAGACUUGAGCCACCACGAGAGGCUGGCUAGUAUUUCACUGGGUAGGUGGAUGAAGGUGUAUUUCACCACCUCCUAUUAGGUAGAUAACUGGGUUCUAUCUUGGUUUUUGAUAUUUUAAAAAAUGCUGUGAUGAACACUCUUGCUCAUCAUUCUUGUGUACCUCUGGGAGCAUUUCUUUAGCCUAGAGAAUAAGUAGAGCAUGUGUACGUUUAUUAUCUGGGCAGCUGCUCACUAACUGCCCUUCAAAAAGUUUUGCUACUUUACAGUUCUACCCAUGGUGAUGAAUAUGUCUGUUUCAUAUACUUUUAUCUGUUGUGGAAAUCAAUAUUAUUAACUUCAUUAAUCUGGGUGAAAAAUGAAAUGGUUUUAAUGUGCAUUUUCCUGAUUACUUAUGCAGUUGUAUGUCUUUCAUGUUUGUCUUACUCUUUAUUUGUGUUAUAGUGGCUUUAUAUAUUCAGAUGUUAAUUUUUUAUUUGUUAUAAAAGUUGCAUACAUGUUA